AUGUCUCGUAUACCCGCAAGCCGCUCGCCAUCUCAAAAUGUGCCUUACUUGUUGCAAGGAGCGGAGGGAAAUUUAACUUGGAAUGAUGGUGAGAUCACGGAAAAUGCCGCCGGAGCUGCUGCCAUUGGCUUCGCCGCCAUCAACGCACUCGACUGCAUCGCGAAGAACGAGGGCAAGGUUACCGAUAGAGACCUCGGCCUCAUCAAGGAACUCGUCAAUUUCAUUCAACCAGACACCAUGAAUUCCUUACUCGAGGGAACUCGAGCACAGCCCGUCAAACACAGCUUAUUCCCCAAGGUAGAGGUUGAAAGCCCAAGAAAGCGAUCGCGCCUCUGGGAAGGGCUGAAAGUGGAGGAGGACACUGACUCGAAAAGCAUGAGAGACCUAAAGGAACCACUCGCACGCCAGGCGACGCCAUUCAACAUGAAGCUACAUGACCUGUCGACACCGAGAAGACUCAGACCUCGCCACUCCACCACGUCGAUAUAUCCAAGUGGCGGCUACUACAAAUGA